AUGGCGGUCGAGUCCAGGGCGGCCGAGCCUGGCUCGUCUUCCAAAGCGUCACCGUCACGGAGAGCGCCCUCGUCAGGUUCCAAGGAUGCUGGGACACCGUCAAAGUCUGCUUCAACCGACUCACCUCUUCGAUUGAAACCUUCGACUGGCGCGACUUCUUCCGCUACACCUGCACAAACAAGAAAGCCCUCGGCCGCAUCCGCAUCAACUUCCGCAUCGAAAGCCAUUCUACCGACAAACAAGACUGCCGCAGUACCGGCAACAAGAGCUUCAGCUGGACAAGAUGCUCGACGCAGCGUCAGAAACACCUCGGGAAACGGUGACAAGCCGCCCAAGGACGUUGGCAGCAACAGCAAUGACACAAUGUCAAUCCAACAAUCCGCAGGACCAUCGCAUACGCAUCUAGACGAGAGUACGAGCACCGACGAUCUGGCAGCUCUCACCAGUCGGAUCGGCUUCGAGCCGCGCAGCAACUCUGGCUUGCCAGAUCCCUCUCUCCGCACCAACGAAGCUAUCGUCUGGCUCGACAUUGACAACACCCUAUACAAACGCAGCACCAAGAUUGCUGAGCUCAUGGCAGAGCGCAUUCGCGCCUACUUUCAUGGCAUGGGGCUCAGCGAAGACGAGGCCAAGACGCUUCACACCACCUACUACAAGACAUACGGCCUUGCUAUCCGCGGCCUCGUCAAACAUCAUCAGAUCGAUCCGCUCGACUACGACCGCAAAUGCGACGCAAGCUUGCCACUCGAGGACAUCCUGCGGCCGGACCAUCAAGUCAAGCGCCUGCUGACGGACAUCGACCGCACUCGUGUCCGUGUCUUCGCUCUCACAAACGCAUACAAAUUUCACGCCGACAGGGUCUUGCGCUUGCUGGACCUGGAGGAUCAGGUGGAAGGCAUCGCCUACUGCGACUAUGCUGUGCCAGACUUUGCGUGCAAGCCAGAGCUCGACUACUAUCGUGCAGCCCUCGUCGUCGUCGGUGCCACGCCAGAAACACGCAACUACUUUGUCGACGACAGCUCGCUCAACAUCGUCGCUGCAAAGGAGCUCGGCUGGCAUUCCUGCAUCUACUUCCGCGAAGAAGACGAUCCCUUGCCGCCACCACCUCCUACCAGCGAAGCUGACCGGAAGACAGCUGCCGACUUCAACCUUGCUUCCUUAGAGCCUCGACAGGGCUCUCAGCACGUCGGCUUGGUAGGUAGCAGUGGCUUUGACGAAGAAGCAAUCCGUCGAGAGUUUCAGAAACUGCCGUCUCAUCUGCGAAUCCAGCUUCUCGGCAUCAUUCUCAGCGCAUGUCUACCAGGGGAUAUUGCAGCCAUGUCCAAGACGCUCGAGAGGUACUUACGCAUGACUCGCGACGUGGUUAGCGGUCUACCCGACUCGGUUGCUCUGAAGAUCUUUGAGAAGCUACCCAUUCAAGAUCUGCUGCGUUGUCGCCACGUCUCCAAGAAAUGGCACUCGCUCGCUGCAAACCCCGAGCUGUGGCGGUCACAUGCUCUGGCUCUCACCGAGUCAGACCCUGUCAAGCUUGUACCUCCGACCGAACCGCAAGGUUGGGAGCCGCUCGUUAAGGGGCUCUUCUUCCGCGAACGCAACUGGGCCAAAGGACUGGCACAGAGCAUCCAAACAUUCGAGGGGCAUACCGGGUUCGUCACUGCGAUGAAGCUCAAGGGACGCAAGACGCUCGUGACUGGCAGCUAUGACGAGACCAUCCGAGUUUGGGACAUCUCCACAGGACAGUGUCGAAAGGUGUUGCGUGCAAAGGCGAUCGCUUGUCUCGACUUUCUGCUCGACGAGGGUGUACUCUGCGCCGGUCUGUAUGAUACAGGCCGUGUGCUAGUGUGGGACAUGAAAAGCUGGGAACUCAUCCAGACGCUUUCCGGUCACAAUCGUGGCAUUCGCAACGUCGCCAUCAAUCAGCACUACCUCGUCAGUGUUGGUCAGGAUAAGGCUAUCGUUGUCUGGGAUUGGCGGACUGGCGCCAAAGUUGUGAGGUUUGGACAGCAGAGCAAUGUAUCGCUAGGUGUCUCACUUGUCGAUACGGAUAAGCUGGUGGCGGUCACGGUGGAUGGCAUGAUCCGAUGUUUCAGUAUUCCGCGACGCGAGAUGAUCGGCCAGUUCCAGUUGACCAAGCUUGGAGGAGCCGAUCUGGGUUUGGGCGCUCGUCUCGGUGAUCUGUCGAGCGGGUCAUCGAUGCUGGAAUGGUUUGCAGCUCACGGCAACACGAUGACAGUCGCCUCCAAGAAUGUCGUUGUGCAUCUCGAAUGGCGGAAACAUGUUGUACCGGCACGGGAGGCACAGGCUGCACUCACCGCCGAGAGCCUUCGACGUAGUGCGUCGUCAAGACUGAGCAACGCUGGCGGCAGUGCGAGCUCAGUUCUAAGCCCGCUUCGAAUUCGGCGCGACUCGACGAUGAGCAAUGCCAGCACGGCAGCCGCAUUGCCUGUCGUUGGCACGCCUGCGAGAUCUCGUCGCGACUCCAACAUCAGCACGACGUCUUCUACCAGCGGUAUUACCAAUGCACGGCCGUCACGUCGCUCACUUAUCGGUAGCUCCGCUGGGAUGAGCGCUAGCCCGGCACGAGGAGGCAGAGCGUCACUAGGAGCCCCGCCCAAGUUUGAGACGUCCGCAGCACCCGGUUUGUCUACACCUUCGCCACCAAGGCCAAGCCCUACCUCGCGUCGUAUUGGAGGCCCGCAGCCUUGGCCAUUGGCAAACGCUGAUCUCGAAGAUGCCAGGCAAGCUUCGGGAACGUCGACGCCGAGACGAGUUAGCGCUUCCACGUCGGCCGCAUCGCUGUCGUUCCCAUCGACACCUGCUACGGAUCAAGACGAUGUGACGCUCGAUGCAUCCGUUGCUGAUCUGAUCGGUGGCAAUGAUGAUAGGGCGGAGGCCGACGCUGCUGCCGCGGGAGCUGGUGCUACCCGUAUCUGCCCAGACUUGUCGACGCCACCAAGGGUCGUCUCGGUGUUGGAGACGCCAGACGUAGCUGUGGGAUGUGUAGACCCGGCCAAGCGCCGUAUUGUUGCUUCGACGCGUUUCAGCAGUCGUGCCGGUGCGGAACGUCAACUGUACGCAAGCAGUCUGCCGUUCGACCAUGGCAAGAGGUCAAUUCAGUUGCAAAACGUCCCUGUCACUGCUUCUGUCAAGGGUAGUAACGCGGAGCCAAGAGCUCUUGGGCCUGCUUCUGAAGAGCCCUUGUCAGACGAUGGGCCUGCGAUUACCGUCGCAAUUCGAGGUGCGUGGGAGGCGCAAUCGCAAGAACUAGCAACUUCAGCACGCAAUCCAAUGGCGAUGGAGUUGGAUCACGAGAGUGUUGUGGUGGGCUGCGCUGAUGGGCUCAUCUACAGGAUUCACUUUGUAGGAUCCGAGUAUGGCCCUGAGACUCUGAUCGAUGCCAAGUCUGCUUCUGGUAGCGUUCAAGCAAAUGGUGCUGAUGGUAACUCGGGCGUCGGUGAUGCCACGAUCAACGACCUGCUGCAACUACGAGACGUGUGGAAAGACAUCAUGGUUCCUGAAAAUGCACCCGACCAUCCUGGUCGACUGCGAAGGAACCAUCUCAAGGACAUGGGUCUCAAGUGA